CCUGGUGCCUGCCGCGUUGUCGACUCUCUCUUUGCCUCAACAACAAAUCACGAUGGGUGCGUGAACCUCUUCACGACCUAGCGAAAUGGCAUAUGCUAUCGUCAACCCCUUAUCUCGCUGUCCUUGAUCAACCUGCAAUCCAGCGCAGGCCCGCGAGCUUCCAUCCUCAGUCACCAUGGGAAGCACUUCCGUCCUUUCCGUCAUCUUCUUCGCCGUCGCCCUACUCAUUAUCUUCGGCGCUGUGCUUCUUCUCAUACGAUACUACGUCCCACUACGAUCUACGCCUUCAUACAUUACUGUGCCGGCCUUUCUCGCGAUCGCGUUACCGGCGUCGAUUAUCCUCCUUGUACCAAUAGACCUUGCCAGUUGGGCACAAGAAGAUGAUGGGGACUUGAAGGGCAUAUGGCUGCCGGAAAGAGUUAUCCUGGUGUCUUGGAGGAUACUGUAUUGGCUGACUUUCGUGUUGACAUGGGCGAUACUCCCACUCACAGGCGAGUACGCCGAUUCCGGAUAUCGCGAACCUCGAAAGAAGCUUCUAUACUCUCUCCAGAGCAAUGGCAGAUACUGGCUCAUUAUGAUUGGUGCCAGUACGCUUGCUGCAGUGUACUACUUCCUCCAGAACGGCCUCGAAUACCUCAGUCUCAAAGGAACAGUGAUGGCAUUAGCAUACGCAUGGGGUCUAAUCUUGGCGAUAUACUUGAUGGGCCAUGGGCUGGUUGCUAUGCCACGCUGGCUGUUUCGCACGGCAAGUGUCAGUAACAGGCUUCGGAUCACGCAGUCGCAUGCGCCCAAGGUACUCGAUCGCCUUAUGGACUCGCUGGAUGAGGUGGACAAAUACGAGCUCCAGGUUCAGCAACUACAAUCGAAGAGAGGAGCUGUGUCCAAAACGUUCCAAGAAUGGAUCGACGAGCUUUCGGAUGGCGUUUCGCUGCUCGAAUCGAGGCCCACGAUUGCUCGUGCCACCACGAAUGUACCCGUCACAGUCACCGAACGUUACCUCGCCGACCUAACACGCAAGCUGAAGCGUGCACGCCACAGAAAGAUGCGCUUCGUUGAUGAAUGGGAUCGACUUGUUCGCUCUGCCCAGAACACUCAAGCCAUUCUGGAUAGCACAUCGACGCAACGCCUCGACUUCCCUGCCAAGGAUCCCCACGACCCCUUUUUCCGCCUCAGAUUCAUGACCCCCUAUACCCGCUACAUCCUCCAUGUACACAUAAUGCCGAUCACAUACUAUGCGCUCUCAGCACUGCUUUCCAUCGCCGCCGUCCUCGUGAUAUGGUCUUCCAUUGUUAAAUCCCUCUCUGCAGAGCUCUCCGUCGUCGGGCUGAGCGUCGUACACAAGGGCAACUCAUCCAGAAUGCAGAUCAGUCUAGCUGGCCAACUUACUGCGGCAUUCUGGAUGCUAUAUAUGCUUGCCUCGGCCCUCUACGCCGUCACGGAAGUCAAGAUCUGGGGCAACCGCGCGCUUGUACGCCGCGGCACGUAUCCCGAGUCCGCAACCUGGUACGCGUGCCAGCUCGCCAAGCUCUCCGUCCCCCUAGCAUACAACUUCAUCACCUUUCUGCCGCGCGUCGUCUAUCGCGCAACAUGGUUCCACAAGUUUCUGGGCAGGCUGGUCGUGCUCACGCCGCUCGGCGCCGGCUUCCAAGACUACUUCCCCAUGCUCAUCCUUGUCCCCGUCGUCAUGACGCUCUUUGGCGUGUACGGACGCGUGCGAAACGUCUUUGGCUUCGGCGCCGCCAUGGUCGACGACGAAGACGGCGAGGCCGGCGUGAACAGUUCAUGGCGCGAGGGCCGCGCCCUCAUCGACCGCGAAAUCCAAGCUCAUGGCAACGCCGACGCCGUCGGCCUCGCAAACAGAAUAAAUACCACACCUUCUUCCUCCGCCUCAAACGCCCGCUCUCGCCCCGCUGACCGGUACACCGACGACCCAUCAGCGCUAGUCCACGCAGCGACCGCAAACAGCAUUACUACGUCCACACACACCCAACGCACCCGCCUCGAACGCGCCACGCGUCAGGCCCGCAUGGCAGAGGAGGAACAAGACGCUGGCGGAUUCUUCGAUGAUCUGGGCAGUCGGCUGAGGAAUACAUUCGAUACCAUGGAGCGGCCGAGGUGGAUGAUGGGUAGUAGUAGUGGUGCUGCGACAUGCCGCCGACAGCAGCAGGAAGGAAGCGGACUGCGGCGUUGGUUUGGCGGCGGGGGAAACGAAGGGCGUGUUAGACUUUGA